CACUCUCCACCAAUCACAGUUAGCGUUUUAGCUCCCUCUGCAGGGUAGUUGAUCUCUAAAACGCGCGCAUACAACAUCCACAAUUCCGUAUGCUUCUUGAAUCCUACUUCAAAUUUUUACGCUGAAAUUAUCUAGUUUUUAAAAGUACGAAUUGAUCGUUUAAAACGGUAUAACCUUCAGUACGUCGAUUUCUCCACUGACAAGACACACGAAUCAAGUGAAAGUGAAAUAAAGUAUGUGAAAACAAAAUCCAUACUUUCGGAGUAGUUUCCACUGGAAGUACAACAUGAAGUAUGUAGCUUCAGUUUCUGUGAUGUGAAAUUAGCGUGUCUAAAAGCGGCAUGAAGAAACGUUUACAGAAUUGAUAAACAAAUAACCCUUUUUGCUGAGUAUGUAAAAACCGUUCGUUUAUAAAUCGUUGUUUGACAUUAUGAUGAAAUAAUCGAAAGCCAUACCUAAAAUAACCAACGAGGAACUUGUGAACGUCGAUUGAGGUUAGCUUGCGUCUAAAUGAUCAUCACGAUUUAAAAGUGUCCGUCCGUGCGUAGAGAGUGACGAUUUUAUUUGUACACACUGUGCAUACGUGUACCGGAGGAGUGCCAGACUGAACAGAGAAAUAAUGUCAAGCAGUGUUUGCCACGCGCCCCUACCAGCACGAAUGGAAGCAUUUACCACGAGGCUCUGUCUCCGAGCAGCUGACCAAUAUGAGCGGCUUCUGCAAGCUCACUUCAAUAAGCCUACAAGCAAAGAGCAAACACGUCUCAGCCAUAAUUCGAACCACAAGGAAAAUCGAGGGAAAAAGGAUGCCUCCUCGAGCAGCACGUACGGCGCGUUCCGUCAGUGGCGAAGGAGCACAUCAAUGGGCUCGAAUCGGUUCAAUAGUGUCAGCUCUAGCUCAACUGGAGCCCUCGCCGAGCUGCCUAAUGAUGCAGCGACGAUACAAAAGAUGGAACAAUUUCCUCUGGUUCUCUCCGAUACCACUAUGCCAGAAGAAGAUCUCUCUUUAAAAUUUCUAGCACUGAACGCCUUAGAUUUAACAGCACCGGCCAGUGACGUUUUAUUGAAGAACAGAUUGAAGUCUUGGUUUCAAUUAUCCGGACAUCCGGAUGGGUUUGCACCUGCUGGACCUGGAACAGUUUGGAAACGAAAGACAGGAGGAAUAGAAAAUACAGAAAGAAUUGUUUACGAAGCUCUUAGUAAAGACAAAGAAUUGCGAGAUUGCAUACCGAGAUAUUAUCGGGAAGUGGAAUAUAAAGGUGAGACAUUCAUCGAACUGCAGAAUUUACUGUUCGGUUUCAACGAUCCCCACGUAAUGGACAUCAAAAUGGGCACAAGGACAUUCCUCGAAUCCGAAGUGUCGAAGACGACCGCGAGAUCAGAUCUCUAUCAAAAGAUGAUUGCGGUGGAUCCGAACGCGCCGACCAAGCAGGAACAUGAGCAGCGCGCUGUGACUAAAUUGCGAUAUAUGCAAUUCCGUGAACAGCAGAGCUCAACUUGUAGCCACGGAUUUCGAAUCGAGGCUAUGAAAUUACCGGGUGCACCGCCGAUCACCGACUUGAAGAAAGUCAAAUCGCAUCAGGAGGUGCUCGAUACCAUCAAGACGUUUCUUGGAACACGUAAGCCUACUCGCGAGAAACUGCUCACACGCCUGAGAAAUCUUCGCUCGAAAAUCGAAGCCUCUGAAUACUUCAAAACUCAUGAGAUCAUUGGUAGUAGUAUCUUCAUGAUCUACGAUGAUGACAAAGUUGGCGUUUGGUUAAUCGACUUUGCCAAAACACGCGAGUUACCAAAUGGACAAAGAGUAACACACAGAAAGCUAUGGGAAGAAAGCAAUCAUGAAGAAGGAUUCUUACUUGGUCUCGACAAUCUUAUUUCUACGAUGGAAGAAGUCGAUCUUUCAAAGACAUAA